AUGCCGGAAGACCCACUCCUGGCAAUAUCAAGUUCUUCGUUUUCCUCUGCCACAUCCUCGCCAAUGAUUCCGCACAUGGAAUAUCCGCGGUCGAAACUUGAUGUUCCGGGGCAGCGUGCACGAUUCUUGGCUGUGGGGACUGCCACGGGUAAGGUCUUUGUGUGGGACAUUCGCGCACUUGCCUCAAGAAAUGUGGAAAUCAUCAAUUCCAUCUCGCCUUUGCGAAUUAUCCAGACCGAGUCACCCCAGGUUUCUUGCGUGGCGUUGACAUCGCUCUAUCUGGUGCAUGGCGGUAAUGAUGGACUCGUACAGGCCUGGGAUCCAUUAGCUUCCUCUACACGCCCAAUUCGCACCAUCAACUCUCGAUUCUCAACCAGAGCUCGUCGUCGGCUGGUGCAGGCAGAAGCUUCUAUAACUGGUGUGGGUAACAACUAUUAUGCCGCGAGCGCCAUCUGCCUCGAUCCAGACUCAACGAGUCUCCGCGGCAUGGUCUCUCUUGGCACCCACCUUCGUUUCUGGUCGUACAGCUCAACUUCUGCCGACCAAUACAAGACGAGUAAACGCCAAUGGCGUCGGGCUAUCCGUGGUAGUAACCAAGCCGAUGCAGGUCAGCGUUUCUCUAACAGUGGGCGUGGAGCUAUCCACGACUUCAUUGAAGACGAACGUGUCGAAAUUGUCAGACAGCAGAUUGAAGAUACACAGAAACGAGCGCACUUGAGCACGCGUUUCGGUAUUGAUCUUCUUGGACCCGACAUUGACGAUGAUCAGCUUUUGGCUUAUGCCCAACUCCUCAGUGAAGAAGCCUAUAAUGGCGACGUCACAAAGCGAGGUGAGCAAAUACCGAUUGCCAGCUCUGUCAGCACUUCUGCCAGUGAUACGAUUGGGCCCAGCUUCAGUGGGUUUGGCGAGGUGUCGUCCUCUUCUUCCCCGUAUCAAGGUUCCGUGAAUGACGAAGUAGAUGAUGAUCUUGCUGAAGCCAUUCGCCUGAGCCUGCUGGACGAAAAAUCUAGCUCGCCACCUCUGGAACAGACACCUUCCAUCCCUAUCAAAUAUGCAAAGGGUGCGAAGCGACCACCACUGUCACCCGACUCGGCCGAUGCCGAGAGCAGCCAGCAAAAGGAAAUGGAUGAUCUCGAAUUUGCAAUUCAGCUUAGUCUAGCCGAGGAUCAAAGCCGCGAGCAGCAAGAAUGGGAAGAAUUUCCAGUCCUUGCCCAGGCUUCAUUGUCGACUUCUCAGUCUUCCGGAAAGGGCAAAGGAAAGGCUAGAGCUGCCUAA